AUGGGGGAUGCCGGAGGCGAGGAGAGAGGCAUCCGCAUUGCCAUAGAUCGCGGCGGCACAUUUACGGACUGUGUCGGGAACCCUGGCACAGGACGCAUGGAAGAUGACAUUAUCAUCAAGCUGCUGUCAGAGGAUCCGUCUAACUACGAGGAUGCGCCUCUCGAAGGUAUUCGCCGCCUGAUGGAAAAGUUUACCGACAAGGAAAUCCCGAGGGGACAACCAUUAGAUACCUCGAAAAUUGAGAGUAUCCGCAUGGGCACGACGGUGGCUACCAACGCAUUGCUAGAGCGCAAAGGUGAAAAGAUGGCGCUGGUAGUGACUCGUGGGUUCAAGGAUUGCCUGGAAAUCGGAAAUCAGUCCAGGCCAAAGAUUUUUGACCUCGCCAUCCGCAGACCGGAUGUGCUUUACCAGAAGGUGGUCGAAGUUGACGAGCGUGUGACCCUGGAGGAUUACGCCGAGGAUCCGGUCCGCAACCAGACCAAGGUCGAGGCCAAGCAUGAAGAUUACAAGAACAACGAUCUUGUCAAAGGGCUUUCUGGAGAGGCCGUUCGGAUUUUGCAGAGACCCGAAGAAAACAAGAUCAAGGAGUCACUGAAGGGUUUAUACGAAGAAGGCUUCCGAAGUAUUGCGGUGUGCUUGAUGCACGCCUACACGUUUCCCGAUCACGAAGCUCUGGUAGGAAAACUGGCCAAAGAGAUCGGGUUUCAGCACGUCAGCCUCAGUCACGAUCUGAUGCCGAUGAUCAAGCUGGUACCAAGAGCCACUUCAGCAUGCGCCGAUGCUUAUCUUACUCCCGCCAUCAAGAAGUACAUUUCUGGGUUUCAAGCUGGAUUCGAGGGCGGUCUAGGCACAGAAAGUGUAAAGAACGAAGAAGGCAGCAAAGGCGCCCGAUGUGAGUUCAUGCAGUCUGACGGAGGUCUCGUCGACGUCGACAAAUUCUCGGGUUUGCGUGCCAUCUUGUCAGGGCCAGCUGGCGGUGUGGUGGGCUACGCCCUGACGUCUUAUGAUCCAGAAACCAAAACACCAGUGAUUGGUUUCGAUAUGGGUGGUACCAGCACGGAUGUGAGCAGGUACGGUCAGGGGCGUUACGAACAUGUCUUCGAGACCACUACUGCAGGCGUGACCAUCCAGUCCCCUCAGCUUGACAUCAAUACUGUCGCUGCGGGUGGAGGGUCGCGCCUGUUUUUUAGAAAUGGCCUAUUUGUCGUUGGGCCUGAGUCAGCUGGCGCGCACCCCGGUCCAGCAUGUUAUCGAAAGGGGGGCCCUCUGACCGUCACAGAUGCCAAUCUCUUCCUCGGACGUCUUCUCCCAGACUUCUUUCCAAAGAUCUUUGGUAAAAACGAAAAUGAAGGCUUGGAUCCGGAGGCAAGCAAAAAGCUCUUCGAAGAACUUACCAAUGAUAUCAACAGCCAGACUGAUAAAAAUAUGUCUCCAGACGAAGUAGCAUACGGCUUCAUUAAGAUUGCUAACGAGACCAUGACACGACCCAUCCGCUCUCUGACAGAAGCGAAAGGCCACGAUACCGCCCAACACCGUCUCGCCACGUUCGGAGGUGCCGGGGGCCAGCAUGCGGUGGCUAUCGCAGAGUCACUAGGCAUCCGCCAGAUUCUUGUCCACCGGUACUCCUCCGUCCUGUCUGCAUAUGGCAUGGCGCUUGCAGACGUUGUCGAUGAAAGCCAAGUACCAGAGUCUCACGUCUGGGACUUGAGCGGUGGCAACCGUGAGGGCCUUCAGUCAAAGAUGAACGGCUUGAAGGAACGCUCACGAAAGCGUCUUCGCGACCAGGGCUUCGCCGAUGACUCUAUGGAGUACGAAGAGUAUCUCAAUAUGCGGUACAGAGGCACAGAGUCUGCGCUGAUGGUGAUCAAGCCUAGUACGGAAGAAGUGAAGGAACUCUACUCGGGAGACGACUGGGCCUUUGGUGCCGCCUUUGUACGCCAGCACGAGCAGGAAUUCGGAUUUACUCUGCCAGAUAGGGACAUCAUCGUCGACGACGUACGCGUGCGCGGCAUCGGAAAAUCGUUCCGCGGGAUGUCCAAGACAGCAGACCAGCAGCUCAAGGAGAUCAAGCCGAAGGAUGUCGCUGAGGACAAAGCCUUCUCCACGUCAAAAGUGUACUUCGAGGGCGGCCGUGUAGACACAAAAAUUUACAAGCUCGAAGAUCUGGAGGUAGGCACACGAGUCAAAGGCCCUGCCAUCAUUGCCGACGGGACGCAGACGAUCGUUGUUCCCCCUUCAGCAUCAGCGUUGGUCAUUGAGACACACGUGGUCAUCAAUAUCGGCGAGGAAGGCACCAGCAAGAAGGCCAAUUCGAAGGAAGUUGAUCCGAUUUUGCUUUCAAUCUUCGCCCAUCGGUUCAUGGCCAUCGCCGAGCAGAUGGGACGUGCUCUACAGAAGACCAGCGUGUCCACGAAUGUGAAGGAGCGGCUAGACUAUUCUUGCGCCCUAUUCGACAGUGCUGGCGGCCUCGUGGCUAAUGCGCCACAUCUCCCCGUGCAUUUGGGCAGCAUGUCGACAUGCGUCCGGACUCAGGCUGAGAUCUGGAAGGGGAGGCUGAAGAAGGGCGACGUGAUCGUUUCAAAUCACCCUGAGUACGGAGGCACACAUUUACCGGACAUUACUGUCGUGACUCCAGCUUUCAGCCCUUCCGGCGAGAUCGUAUUUUACGUUGCUUCUCGUGCACACCAUGCCGAUAUUGGCGGCAUCUUGCCGGGGUCCAUGCCUCCUCAUAGUCGCGAACUAUUCCAGGAAGGGGCUGCAAUCAAAUCGGAGAAACUCGUGUCAGAAGGUAAAUUCGACGAGAAGCGCAUCACGGAGUUACUCUACGACGAGCCUGCUCAGUACCCUGACUGCAGCGGUACGCGGUGUUUAGCGGACAACCUCAACGACUUAAAAGCACAGAUUGCGGCAAAUCAAAAGGGCAUCAAUCUUAUCAGCACUCUAAUUGAAGAUUACGGGGAGGACGUCGUGCAGUUCUACAUGCAUAAUAUCCAAGACAACGCAGAGCAGUCAGUUCGAACGUUACUCAAGGAAGUUAGCAAACGAUUCGAGGGUAAAGAUUUACAGGCCAUUGAUUACAUGGACGAUGGAAGCCCGAUAUGUCUACGCAUUACCAUAGACGGCGAAAAGGGAGAGGCCGUGUUUGACUUUGAAGGCACCGGGCCGGAAGUGUACGGUAACAUCAACGCACCAGAGGCCGUUACCUAUUCAGCGAUCAUUUAUUGCCUGCGAUGUUUGGUCGAUCAGGAUAUUCCGCUGAACCAGGGAUGCUUGAAGCCUGUGAAAGUCAAGAUCCCCCCCGGCUGUUUCUUGAGCCCGAGUGAAAAGGCUGCUGUGGUUGGCGGUAAUGUGCUGACGAGCCAGCGCGUGACCGACGUGGUCUUCAAGUGCUUUGAGGCUUGCGCAGCAAGCCAAGGAGACUGCAACAAUCUCACCUUUGGUUUCGGCGGAAACCGAAAAAGUGAGAAUGAGCAGAAAGGCUUCGGAUAUUACGAGACGAUUGCGGGUGGCAGCGGUGCCGGAAAAGACUGGGAAGGGACUAGUGGCGUUCACACCCACAUGACGAAUACCAGAAUCACAGACGCCGAGGUGUUCGAACGAAGAUAUCCUGUUAUCCUGAGAGAAUUCAGCCUGAGAGCUGGAAGUGGUGGAAUAGGACAGCACAAGGGAGGCGACGGCGUGAUUCGAGACAUUGAAUUCCGAAUUCCGGUUCAAGUGAGUAUACUCAGCGAGCGACGAGUGUAUCGACCAUACGGCUUGCAUGGGGGUGGCGAUGCUCAAUGUGGCAAGAACAUCUGGGUGAGAAAAAUCAAAAAGGUAACGAGUCGAGGAUCUGGUGGUGAACAUGAAGGCAAGCGAAGAGAAGAAGGCGGUGGCGAUGAAUAUGAAUACAGGCAUAUCAGCAUGGGCGCUAAGAACACAGCUUUCAUGCAGCCUGGAGAAAGGAUCAUUGUGAUGACACCUGGCGGUGGUGGAUAUGGCAAGGUCGGAGAAAAGUCGCAGGUCGAGCUCAAAGAGGACUUCGAGAAACAUUGGAAGAAAGGAAGCCUGGCUUCCAGGUUGGCCGAAUGGGAGAGUAGUUCUUGA